AUGGCCGGCAAGCCAUGGCAAGAAAUUGCACAGAUAGCACAGGAGGUGCGCGAUAAGUCCAUUGCCCAGGUCCAGCCGCCAGUUCCGGAUGUGCCUGAAGAUCUUCCGUUGAAUGUUACGUCCAUACCCAAGAAGCUGUUGACCCCGAGGGAGAUUGAGAUCACCGAAACUGCACCGGAAAUACUUGUCCAGAAACUCGCGACGGGAGAAUGGAAAUGCGUGGAAGUAACUAAUUCCUUUCUACGGCGCGCUGGAUUGGCUCAGAGACUGGUCAACUGCGUCACAGAGCUCAUGCCCGAGGAAGCCCUCGAGCGAGCAAAGUAUCUAGAUGAUUAUCUAGCCAAACACGGCAAACCAAUUGGCCCCCUCCACGGCCUCCCAGUGAGCAUCAAAGAACAUCUCCCCAUGAAAGGCCGCACCAUCAACUGCGGCUACGUCGCAUGGUGGGGACGCAUCUCAGAGGUGACCUAUAGCGGCACAGAAGUUCUGUACAAUGCCGGCGCUGUGCUAUACGUCAGGACCACUCAACCCCAGUCGUUGAUGCAUCUAGCUACUUCGAGCAAUCUAUAUGGCGAGACAGUGUGUCCAUACAACCGACAGCUAACUAGCGGAGGAAGCUCCGGUGGCGAAGGAGCGCUGAUAGGCAUGCGUGGUAGUGCAGUCGGUAUUGGCACUGAUAUCGGCGGAAGUAUUCGCAGUCCCGCUGCAAAUUGUGGAAUAUACGGGCUUCGUCCGACGAGCAGCAGAUUUCCAUAUGAUAAAUUUGCUGCUGCCCAUGGCCCGCAGGGGAUUCCGGCUGUUGCGGGACCAUUGAGUACUUCUAGAGGGGGUUUGCGGCUGAUAAUGAAAGCUGCUAUAGACUCGAAACCGUGGUUGAAGGAGCCAACCCUCCUACCGAUACCGUGGCGCGAUGAUGUGAGCCACCUUACUCAGGGAACGUCAGGCAAGAAACUCAAAAUUGGGGUCCUCUGGGAUGAUGGAGUUGUGAAGCCACAUCCUCCGGUUACGCGAGCUCUGAACGAGGUUGUGAGCAAACUUCGAGAUGUUCCCGGUGUUGAGAUUGUGGACUGGAAACCGUACAAGCAUGAUUAUGCAUGGGAGAGAAUAGCAUCAUUGUAUUAUGCUGAUGGCGGAGCUGAUAACUUGGAGAUUUUUGCUCAGGGGGGUGAACCAUUAAUGCCUCUGACACAUUUCAUACUCACGGAGAACGAGCAUCGGAAACGCCUGCAAAUCGAGGAAAUAUGGGACCUAAUGGAGAAGAAUAUCCAAUACAAAACAGAAUAUGCCAAUGUAUGGAACAAGACAGCCACGGGCGUCGAUGAGCGUGGAAUACCGACUGGAAUGGUGGAUGUGAUUCUUUCUCCCACAGGACCGGGUGCUGCUCCCCCAUUGGAUCAGGCAAAAUAUUGGGGAUAUACAGCUCAGUGGAAUUUGCUCGACUACCCUGCUGCAGUGUUCCCAGUGACUCAAGUACAGCCGGAGGUUGAUAAGAAAGAGGAGGCUUAUGAGCCUCGGAACAGCAAAGAUGAGUUUAACUAUAAGCUUUAUGAGCCUGAACUAUAUCGCGAUGCGCCUGUCUCGCUUCAACUUAUUGGUCGUCCUUGUGAGGAUGAAAAGGUUCUUGAAGCUCUGGAUUUCAUACACGAUCAUGUUUCGUUGCCUUCUUUCAAAUGA